AUGACCGUCCUCGAUAAUUGCAACACCGUGAUCUUCCAGAUAAACCGAUUACUUGAGCAUAAUCCCGAGGACGGUGAAUCUAGCAAGGCGGCUAGUGGUUGGAAACAUGAGAUGGCAGCUAUCCGCAUGUCACUGGCCACACACCGAAUUUCGUUGAACCUGGCACUCCAGUUGAUCUCGCUAAGCUUGGCAAAAACAACUCAAGAUCAUACCACUGCAAUCCGAGGAGAAGUUGUCAGUGUCAAGCAAGACACCGGUCUCAUUGUAGUCAUCUUGGAGGAACUUGGUCGACUUCGAUCGAUCGUUGCAAACAGCACGGCUUCGAAUACUGCAGGAGACCAGAGUUACAUCCUUAACAGGUACCUGGAUAGCCUGUCAAGCUAUGCGGAGAGUGUCUGCGACGAUGCGGUUCAAUUUUCAGACCUGUCAGAUGUUUCAUACUCUAAUUCUCAGCCCUUGAGUGAGAUAUUUGAAUCUCUUGCCAGCAAUCUCAGCACAAUCAGUGAUGCACGGCCCGCAAUAAAAGCAGAAGACAAAACCGAAAAUCAGAUAGAACACAUACAAGCUCUAACCUUGCGCCCAUCAUCGUCAGUUCAACAAGAUCUAAAAGAAGCACCAAGCAAUCAACGCGAUGAAGAUCUCAAGUUGAUUGCACCAUGGAAUGACUUGGUUGGGUUCGAGCAUUUACCUCCAAGCAAACUCAAGCUACAGCGUACUACUUCUGGCCCAAAGAAGAAUACAAAAGAAUUGAUCGCGAUUCCAGCCAUACGGCACUCGGCGCCCCCUCCCGCCAUGGAGGAUGUCAAACAGUCGUCACCCGUUCAGAAUGACAAGGAUUUACGCCCACUAUCGUCGAAGAACUGGACUGGAUUUGAAAAUAUCCAACCAAUCAUGCUAGAUGAAGCUGGUCGUGGCAGGAGACCCGUGUUGCGGAAAGACUGCUCUUAUACAGUAAGUGCGGAAAUUGUAUCUGUUGACCAAGCGAUGCAAGCGAUGCAAGUGAAAUUAAUUGAAAUACCUUCCAGACGGUGGUAUGUUCCCAGAAUCAGAACUGAGCAUACCUUCCAAGAGCUAAACCAACCACAGGCACCGGGUCCCACAAUAUGGGAGGAACAUCACUUGGACUACACUAUGGACGGCGAUCAAUUCGAGAUUUCACUAUUUGACACAGCUGGCGACUACUCUUACGACAGGCUACGGCCACAUUUUUAUCCCAAUACGCAUGCAGUCGUGCUAUGUUUUAAUAUUGACAGUUCUGACACGGUGGAUAAUAUACUUGAGAAGUGGCAAGAAGAGUUGAACCAUUACUGUCCUGACGUUCCAGUCAUUCUUGUUGGUCUUCAAAAGGACGCACGACUCGAGACUGGCCCAAGAAAUCUUGGAAUUGGAGACUUGGUGACUUGGGAAAGAGGUAAUCUUCUGCGAGAGGAAAUACAGGCAAAAUCAUAUCUUGAAUGCUCUUCCAGAACUGGAGAGGGAGUAAAUGAAGUACUAGCGGAGGCGACUCGCAUUGCUUUGAGAUCACUGGCGCAAGAGAAAAAUUCAAAUCGAAGACGUUCAAUAUGGCCAUUCAGACGAUCUGGAUAA